CCAGCACCAGUGUUGACAAACUGAAUAAAUUGUUGCCCAGCAACGAGCAGACACAACAUAACAAUAUAAAAUUAUAAUAACUAUAACAAUUGCCUUUCUUCAAAAUGAUGAGUUUGAUGUAUUCUUUAAAUAAAGUGGAGCAGCCAGAAAAUUUGUUUUGGGAGGAUAAGGAAGUGAAAUUCGAUAGGCCGCAGCUUCACACACGCCUGCGCAACGGUGAGAAAAUAUUGGAUACCAUACUACACAUUGAGGAUAGCAAGGGGAAUCCGGGCGAUACUGGACGCUUGCUGGUGACUAAUUUGCGCCUCAUUUGGCACUCGUUGGUCCACAAAAAGUUCAAUUUGUCUAUAGGAUAUGCUCGCAUUGGCAAUACCAGUACUCGAAUGGUUCACUCGAAGGUUCGGGGCACUAAUCAGGCACUCUACAUUCUGGCCAUCAGCAAUGAGACACGAUUCGAGUUUCUAUUUACGGAUGUUUCGGGAGAGACGGCGCGCAGGGAGUUACCCAUUUUUGCCAGCGUCUUCGAUGUAUAUCAACUCUAUCAACGCACAUAUCUGUAUCGGGACCUCAAGCUUCGCGGCGCCAUCCUGCAGGCGGGCCAAUUGAUUAUAAUGCCGGAUGAGCAGGUGUAUAGCAAUGUGCAGGGUGUUUGGAACUUAUCCAGCGAUCAGGGAAACUUGGGCAGCUUUGUGGUGACGAACAUACGAUUGGUUUGGUAUGCAGAUGCGAACGAAACCUUUAACAUAAGUCUGCCGUAUCUACAAAUCGACAGCCUACGUAUACGUGAGUCGAAAUAUGGACCCGCUCUGGUGAUUCAAACGGCAGAGACAGGCGGUGGCUAUGUCCUGGGCUUUCGCAUAGAUCCCGCCGAGCGUUUGUCGGAGCUUUUUAAGGAACUGUGUUCGUUGCAUAGCAUCUAUACGGAACAGCCAAAUUUUGGAGUACACUACGAUACGGUGGAUGCCCAACAACGUCUGGCAGAAGCGGCUGAGGCGGCAGAGCAGGCAGCACAGUUCAAGAUUGAAAACUUUCAGGAAUUAGAUGAGCGACAGGAGCGGGAAAUAAACACAAAACUCAACACCUAUUUGGCUGAGGGUUGUCUAAAUCCGGGACCAGAACAGCCAACACGUGAGCCGAUUUAUUGCAAGGAGCUGGGCUUUGCCAUGGAACGCAUACGCGAUGGCUAUAAGCUCAAGGAUCUAUGGGAUGUGUUGCCAACUAAUAUGGAGACGGUCGAAUAAUGAAUUAUUCGAAUAUGUAAAAUUAUACCAAAAUAUUUAGAAUCGGCUCUUGGGAUAAUAUUGAGGAGGCUCAGGUCAGAAUUCUUGAUGACUUCUUUACUGCCUCGAUUUCUUUUAGGCCGGAAUAAAUGCUUUAAGUGUAGAAUUUUUAUUGUUAUAUAUUUUGGAAAACAAAAUGUUUUGAAUUCAAUUCAUAAAACUCUGAAAAUUGA